AUGGUGUCGUACCUGCGAUCGAAUUAUGCGUACCGUUCUGUCCUCCUUAGUCGGCAGCGGUCCCACUGCCCCCUCCCCCUUCUGCCGAUCGGUCGAGGAAGAAACGUGCGCCGCGACUCAGCCAGGUGUAUCCAGUGCCUAAGAGCCAGCCGGUCGACGUCGUUAUACCCUGCAGCGCGGUGCCUCGCGAGGUGCGUAUUAUCAUUGCAAAUCGGUCGCCGAUUUCCGUGCUGGAUAUUACCGUACGCGUGUUGUGCGAUCAGCUAAAGUCAAAUUGGGUCUAUCGGCGCGCUCUGUGCUUCGUUGGUGCCCACCCCGGUUUUUUUAUCCACGCCUUUCGUCAGAUUUUCAUUUUUGUGCGGUGAUCGACGUUUACCCCGGCCAGAGAUCCUACUCGAGCCGAUCGGUUUUGUGAGAAGCCAUCCCUCGACAGGAUACCAGCGAUCGCUGACAGGAAACCUCGAAGAACUCCGUUCGCCCUCGUUCGCCACGAACUCGAAAUUUUAAAGAUAAGGUUGCCGAGACUGGUGGAGAGCGGCAUGAUGACAAGAGAGUUGAUCACGACGUUGCUGGUGGUGCAGGCGAUCGCGAGGCUGGGUCGCGUGGCGGCCGCAGAGUCGACGCACGCGGCUGACCAGCAGCCGGCCUCAUCUGCGGUCCCGUCGGGACUUUCUGGGCCGGAUUACACGGGGCCAUCCGCCGGCUCCGACGAGUGCGACCCAGAAAUGGUGGGCUUCGAGCUAGUGACCGGUUACGUGUACACCGCGCCGACGGACAUGCUCUACACCAAACCAGGAACCCUGAUGCUCACCGCAUGCCUCGAGUUAUGUCAGACGAACGACUCCUGCCAGGCGGUGAACUACGAGACGGGCCUGUGCGUGCUGUUCAGUUCGAACGCGGACACCAACCCAGCUGCGCUGACGCAAUCGCAGUUCCCGGUGUUCACCAUCUACGCCCAGAAGAGCUGCUUGGCUGUGAGGCCAUGCGAUCGUGCUUGGUGCAUCGACAGGGUGCAAGGAUAUCGGUUGCAUGGGCACACGCGCAGAACGAUGACCGCCUCUUCGCGGCAGCACUGUCUGGAGCUCUGUUUAGGCGAGAGGGACUUCCUGUGCCGAUCUUCGAAUUACAUGAACGCAACGAAACUGUGCGAGCUCUCAGACAUGGACCGGAUGACAGUCGCAGGAUCCAACGCCUUCCAAUCGGAUGAAGGUUAUGACUACCUCGAGAAUCACUGCGUCGACGAGCCCGUGAAGUACUGCGAAUUCAAAAAGCUCACCGGCCGUAUCUUGAAAACCGUGGACUCCGUUCACCCGGAAAUUUCAACUGCCGAGGAUUGCCGGGAGCUCUGUCUGAACUCGCAUUUCCGUUGUCAUUCCUACGACUACGGCGACACCGGUGACAUGGUGUGUCGUCUUAGCCACCAUUCGAGAGCCACUCUUUCUGACAUUCAGGAACCGUAUCAGGACGAUCCGGCGGGAUCAACGUACGAGCUGAGCUCCUGCUACAACGUCUCCGUCGACUGUCGUGACGGCGACAUGGUCGCAAGGAUCCAGACCACCAAGCUGUUCUACGGUAAAGUUUACGUGAAGGGCUCGCCGAACUCGUGUAUGCAGGACGUGUCGGGCGCGCUGGAAUUUGAGCUGCGAAUGGCCUACGACGAUUUGGAGUGCAACAUGAGACAACAGGGCCUUGGUCGUUACCUGAACGACGUCAUGAUCCAACAUCACGACACGAUCGUCACCAGUUCGGAUCUGGGGGUGGCCGUCACUUGCCAAUACGACCUAACGAACAAAACGGUGUCGAACGAAGUCGAUCUCGGUGUCCACAGUGAUAUAACUCCGGUCCUGUCCGAGGAGGUGAUCGUCGACUCGCCGAACGUCGCCAUGAAGAUCACCGACCGCAACGGAAACGAAGGCAUCUCGUCCGCCGUAGUAGGCGAUCUCCUGGCGCUCAAGUUCGAGAUCCUCGACUCGAACAGUCCUUACGAGAUCUUUGUGCGGGAACUGGUGGCCAUGGACGGCGUCGACUCCAACGAGAUAACUCUAAUUAACUCCGACGGUUGUCCAAACGUGCAGAGCAUCAUGGGCCCGCUCUACAAAUUGCCUACUACCGGCAAGAUUCUGCUGUCCCAAUUGGAAGCGUUCAAGUUCCCGAACUCGGAGGUGGUGCAGUUCCGCGCCCUGGUGACACCAUGCAUGCCGACCUGCGAACCGGUGCAGUGCAACCAGGAGGAUGCACCCGGGGAGCUGCGCUCGAUGAUCUCCUUCGGCAGGCGUCGUCGCCGUCGCGAGGCCGAGCCGUCCUCCCAUAGCCGCAAGGACCUUUAUCUGGUGCAAUCGAUCCAGAUCUCGGACAAGGACGAUUUCCAGCGCAAGGACAAGGCGUUGAACGCCAGCUCGGCGGCCAGGAACACCGUGUUCGUCGAGAGCGAGGACAUCUCAUCGACGAUGGGCAUGUGCAUCAACCUGGGCGAGGCGAUCGUCGCCGGCAGCGUCUUCCUGCUCGCCCAGAUCGCCCUGAUCGCCGCGUGGACCAUCACCUGGCAGAGACGCCGGCAGAUGCUGAAGCAUCAGGAUGCCCUGUCGGUCUCGGUCUCCGUUCCCGGCAUGCACUCCCCACCGGGACGCACCGACAGCCUCUGUAAGUUGUACGACACCGGAUACUCAGCGCGCCGUUUUUGAACGGCCCCCGUCCCCGCAGCCAACAACGCCCCCAAUCACGUCUUCCCACGGUCUGGCAAAGAAAUCGGACGAUAUCCCUUCUCGCUACUCGCGGCGAGCUCGUGACUAGACUGCGGACUUUCCGGAUCCAUCGGGAAAAUGAAUGGUCCGAGUAUAGAACGGCGCACAGUUUCGAAAGAGAGAGAGAGAGAGAGAGAGAGAGAGAUCAAGCCUCUUUUGUUUCGGAAGUCGCAAACGUAAUUUGAUCGCGCGCAUAACGAGCACGUUGCUCACUUUUCCCAUUCGUUCGAGUCUUUGUGUACGUAAUCUCUCGUUCCCCGAUGAAAAUAUACUUAUCGUUCGCGAUCGGCGGUUUCAUCGAUGCAGAAAGUUUCAGGGAGUUCCGCAGGCUAGUCACGAGACCCGCGAUUCGGCACCGAUCUUCCGCGACAGAGCCAACAAUCAGGCCGAUUUCAAGGUGAAUCACACGGAGCAGAUAGAGCAAUUUCGAAGGUAUCGAAGAGUUUC